GGGGGAAGAUGUAUGGCGAUGUGGUUAAGGACCAGCGAGGCGCAGCCGCGACUCUGAAAAGUGAAGACAUCAUCGCACCCGCCGCGGAAUACACAUUCCCCCACCAACCGCUCAUCGACGCACCCACGGCGGCAGCCAAGAAGCCCAAACGACGCUAUUCGCGCUCGACCCCCGCCACCGACCUCGCCAUCCCGUUCUCCGGGUCGAUCCCGCUGCGCGACCCGUGUUUCCCCUCCGCGCCGGGGCUGACGAUCGCGAGUUGGAACGGCGUGCCGGUGUAUCAGAUGGCGUGUACGAGGGUCGUCAGCGUCCCCGUUGCGCUCCCCAUGCCCGCCUCGGCCAACGAUACCACCACCGACACCCCAACCCCACCCUCCACAUCCCCCCCUCAGGUACCGCAAACCACCACAACAACCCGAACGACGACGCAGGUCAUGCGCCGCCAGUCCGACGGCUGGGUCAACGCAACCCACAUCCUCAAAGCCGCCGGGGUCGCGCGCGCCACUCGCCUACGUGUCCUGGAGCGUGAUCUGCAUAAUGGGCCGCAUGAGAAGGUGCAGGGGGGGUAUGGGAAGUACCAGGGGACGUGGGUACCGGUGGAGAUUGCACAUCGAUUGGCGGAACAGAACGGGAUUCUGGAGACGCUGCUGCCGCUUUUGAGGGCCGGUGGGACCGAUCCGACCGUCGGCCAUGGGCCCGUUGCUGCAAAAACAACACCGCAGCCACCGACAAUCAACGUCAUCGCGCCCUCCGCGUCGACGACACCGACGUCGCCGACGGGGCGUGGGGAUGGACUUGCCGUUGCCGGUGGUGUAUAACACCAUCCAUCCCUCAAAACAACCACGCGGAAUAGUUCGACCUCAUGAACCUCUCAAAUAACAUUUCGGGUCCGCUCACACGAGCUUUCUAUGAGCUUCUUCGUUUGAUUUUGGCUACGAGAGAACCGGCAGGCAGGCGGGGUGUUUUGGGUUUAUUUUAUUCAACCUUACUUUUGGGAAACGAAGGGAGCGUAUUUAGACGGUGUAAUUUUAAGCUUUUUUUUUGGUUGAGGAGGGUGGGGUAUUUAUGAUGACUUUAUUGAAGGGAAGGAGGGGUUGUAUAGUAGGUUGUAAUGGGGGGUAAAUGGAUAAAUAAUGAACGUAAUGUUAGUUGUGUUAUAUGUCAGUUGGAAAUGCAUCUGAAGGUUAUAU